ACGUAUUACAUUCAUGCAAAACUCAACUUGCAAAAAAAAAUAAAAAAAUAAAUAAAUAACAAAAACUUCCUACAUUCUAAAGAUGAAUUGCUAUAAUUUAUGCUUUGUUUUCCUGUCUUUUUCUUUUCUAUUCACUUUUGUUACUCCUGCUUUGUUGUUUCAGGGAUUCAACUGGGAUUCAUGGAAUAUGAAAGGAGGAUUGUACAACUUUUUAAGUCGCUCGGCUGAUGAUUUGGCUAGAGCUGGAGUAACCCAUGUCUGGCUUCCUCCUCCAAGUCAUUCAGUUUCGCCACAAGGAUACUUACCUGGAAGAUUAUACGAUCUUGAUGCAUCAAAAUACGGAAAUCAAAUGGAAUUAAAGAGACUAAUCAACACUUUUCAUCAAAAAGGGAUAAAAAGUGUUGCAGAUAUUGUGAUCAAUCACAGAACAGCAGAACACAAAGAUGGAAGAGGUAUAUACUGCAUGUUUGAAGGAGGAACUUCCGACAAUCGCUUAGAUUGGGGCCCAUGGGCUAUUUGUCGAGAUGAUACCCAAUACUCAGACGGGUCGGGUAAUCUGGAUACGGGUGAUGGGUAUGCAGCGGCCCCAGAUAUCGAUCAUCUAAACCCAAGAGUACAAAAAGAAUUAAUUGAUUGGAUGAAUUGGCUUAAAUCCGAAAUCGGGUUUGAUGGGUGGAGAUUAGAUUUUGUAAAGGGGUAUUCAACUAGUAUUACUAAAAUGUAUAUGCAACAAACUAAACCAGAUUUUGUAGUUGGAGAAUUAUGGGAUUCGAUUACUUAUCUAAAUGGAGCCCCGGAUUAUAAUCAAGAUGGGCAUAGAAAUGAGUUGGCCCGAUGGGUCGAUGCUUCGGGUAGUGGUGUUGUUUCUGCCUUUGAUUUUACUACUAAAGGAAUUCUUCAAUAUGCUGUGGAUGAUCAAUGGUGGAGGAUGAAGGAUUCUAAUGGUAGACCAAGUGGACUUAUUGGGAUUUCCCCUAAAAAUGCUGUUACUUUUAUUGAUAAUCAUGAUACUGGUUCUAGUCAAAAGCUUUGGGCUUUUCCUGCUGAUAAAGUCAUGCUUGGAUAUGCCUAUAUUCUUACUCAUCCCGGAAUUCCAACAAUAUUCUAUGACCAUUUCUUUGAUUGGGGAUUGAAGGAAGAAAUAAUAAAAUUGACGUCAAUAAGAACAAGAAAUGGGAUACAUGAAACGAGUAAUGUCAAUAUAAUGGCCAGUGAUGCAGAUAUGUAUGUGGCGAUGAUUGAUCAGAAAGUAAUUGUGAAAAUUGGAUCAAAAUUUGAUACAGGCAAUCUUAUUCCACCGAAUUACAAAAUGGUGACAUAUGGAAAGAAUUAUUGUGUGUGGGAGAAGCAAGGCUAGAUAAUCUUCAUAAUGCGUUUUUUUUAAAAAUUGACUUGUAACUCUUUUUAAGAAAAAUGUUGCAAUUGUAUUCAAAAUCAUUAAUCAAUAUAUGCAUUGUGUUUCUUAGCAAAAAUUUAAUCUUAUUUUCUUAAAGCCAAUUUACCUAACUGUAAUUUAAUUAUCAUAUUAACUGUGAUUUAAUUAUCAUAU